AUGAGCGUUACGCGUUCGUCUACCUCUAGUGGUCCUGCCGGUAGGAACGACGCUGCUGGGCCGCAACCCACCAACUCCAACUCGAGCUCGGACGCGAGCGGCCACCCUACCAGCACCACCAGCAGUACCAUUCCUACUCCAGACUCUCCCAACGGCUUGGAGCACGACAAUUUCCCUCCAAACGGCUCGACGACCCCGCCCCGAGACGGUCAACAUUCGCAUACCUCUCCUUCGCAAACCGCGCACAGUACGACUCCUCUCUCGCCCAACGGCACAACCGACCCCUCGCUCGUCCAUGAUCCCCCGGGAACGAACGAGUCCUUCCCCUCGUCCAUCGAUGGCUCUCCUAAUGGCUCGAAUGCCAGCGCAGGCAGCAGCACGGCUGCUGUUGGUGGAGAUGGUUCGUCGCCUAUGGAAUUAGUGGAUGACGAUAUAGGGGGCGCACUCGAUAUCGAAACCGGUGAUGAGUAUUCGGGUGAAGAUUACAUGCAGGACUUGCGACGCGUCAAGGGCAAAUCCAGAAGUGGCAAACGCUGA